CCGCCUGCCAUUCCCCCAUUCCUGCAGCCACCCCACCCCUCCCCAGUGCCGUCACCCCUUCUCCGCCCCCGCCUCCGCCCCCGCCUUCUCCACGGCAAUCGCGGGAAUAAAUCAAGGAGGAAACCGAGAGGGAGCGAGAGCGCGAGCGCCGGCGGGCUUGCCCAGGUCUGUUUCCAAAGUCGUCCUUGAUGGCGGCGGCGGCGAGGCAGCCGCGGCGCCGAGCAGCCGAAGCGCGCUAGUGGGUCCGCCCGCCGCCGCCCCUUCCCCCCGCGCCGGGCUUCGCCCCUGCAGCCCCCGGCGCGAGCCCGCGUCCCGGUCCCGGCCCUGGGCGCGCCAGCCCUCAAACGUCCGCGGUCUGGGCUGACCGUGCUCCUUCUCCUCCUCCCGCGGUUUCCAGCACCGGUCCUUCCCCAAGCUGGGAAGGGAGGCGAGAUUGAUCUUCGAUCGCGAAGAUGGCUGCUGGCUGCCUGCUGGCCUUGACUCUGACACUUUUCCAAUCUUUGCUGAUCGGCCCCUCGUCUGAGGAGCCGUUCCCUUCGGCCGUCACCAUCAAGUCAUGGGUGGAUAAGAUGCAGGAAGACCUUGUCACCCUGGCAAAAACUGCAAGUGGAGUCAAUCAGCUUGUUGAUAUUUAUGAGAAAUACCAAGAUUUGUAUACUGUGGAACCAAAUAAUGCACGCCAGCUGGUGGAAAUUGCAGCCAGGGAUAUUGAGAAACUUCUGAGCAACAGAUCCAAAGCCCUGGUGCGCCUGGCUUUGGAAGCAGAGAAAGUUCAAGCAGCCCACCAGUGGAGGGAGGAUUUUGCAAGCAAUGAAGUUGUCUACUACAAUGCAAAGGAUGAUCUUGAUCCGGAAAAGAACGAUAGUGAGCCAGGCAGCCAGAGGAUAAAACCUGUUUUUAUCGAUGAUGCUAAUUUUGGGCGACAAAUAUCCUAUCAGCAUGCAGCAGUCCAUAUUCCCACUGACAUCUAUGAGGGCUCAACAAUUGUGUUAAAUGAACUCAACUGGACAAGUGCCUUAGAUGAAGUUUUCAAGAAAAAUCGGGAGGAAGAUCCUUCAUUGUUGUGGCAGGUGUUUGGCAGUGCCACAGGCCUGGCACGAUAUUAUCCAGCUUCUCCAUGGGUUGAUAACAGUAGAACUCCAAACAAGAUUGAUCUUUAUGAUGUACGCAGGAGACCAUGGUACAUCCAAGGAGCCGCAUCUCCUAAAGACAUGCUUAUUCUGGUUGACGUGAGUGGGAGUGUUAGUGGAUUGACACUUAAGCUCAUCCGAACAUCUGUCUCUGAAAUGUUGGAAACCCUCUCAGAUGAUGAUUUUGUGAACGUAGCUUCAUUUAACAGCAAUGCCCAGGAUGUAAGCUGUUUUCAGCACCUCGUCCAAGCAAAUGUAAGAAAUAAGAAAGUGCUGAAAGAUGCAGUGAAUAAUAUCACAGCGAAAGGAAUCACAGAUUAUAAGAAGGGCUUUAGUUUUGCUUUUGAACAGCUGCUUAAUUAUAAUGUGUCUAGAGCCAACUGCAAUAAGAUUAUCAUGUUGUUCACGGAUGGAGGAGAAGAGAGAGCUCAGGAGAUAUUUACCAAAUACAACAAAGACAAAAAAGUACGUGUAUUCACAUUUUCAGUUGGUCAACAUAAUUAUGACAGAGGACCUAUUCAGUGGAUGGCCUGUGAAAAUAAAGGUUAUUAUUAUGAAAUUCCUUCCAUUGGAGCAAUAAGAAUCAAUACUCAGGAAUAUUUGGAUGUUCUGGGAAGACCAAUGGUUUUAGCAGGAGACAAAGCUAAGCAAGUCCAGUGGACAAAUGUAUACCUGGAUGCACUGGAACUGGGACUUGUCAUUACUGGAACUCUUCCGGUCUUCAACAUAACCGGCCAAAACGAAAAUAAGACAAACUUAAAGAACCAGCUGAUUCUUGGUGUGAUGGGAGUUGAUGUGUCUUUGGAAGAUAUUAAAAGACUGACACCACGUUUUACACUGUGCCCCAAUGGCUAUUAUUUUGCAAUUGAUCCUAAUGGUUAUGUUUUAUUACAUCCAAAUCUUCAGCCAAAGGAGCCAGUAACUUUGGAUUUCCUUGAUGCAGAAUUAGAGAACGAUAUUAAAGUGGAGAUUCGAAAUAAAAUGAUAGAUGGAGAAAGCGGAGAAAAAACAUUCAGAACCCUGGUUAAAUCUCAAGAUGAGAGAUAUAUAGACAAAGGAAACAGGACGUAUACAUGGACCCCUGUCAAUGGCACAGAUUACAGUUUGGCCUUGGUAUUACCAACCUACAGUUUUUACUAUAUAAAAGCCAAAAUAGAAGAGACAAUAACUCAGGCCAGAUCAAAAAAGGGCAGAAUGAAGGAUUCAGAAACACUGAAGCCGGAUAAUUUUGAAGAAUCUGGCUAUACAUUCAUAGCACCAAGAGAUUACUGCAAUGAUCUUAAAAUAUCAGAUAAUAACACCGAAUUUCUUUUAAAUUUUAAUGAGCUUAUCGAUAGAAAAACUCCAAACAACCCAUCAUGCAAUACGGACUUGAUUAAUAGAGUCUUGCUGGAUGCAGGCUUUACAAAUGAACUUGUCCAAAAUUACUGGAGUAAGCAGAAAAACAUCAAGGGAGUGAAAGCACGGUUUGUUGUGACUGAUGGUGGGAUUACCAGAGUUUAUCCCAAAGAGGCUGGAGAAAAUUGGCAAGAAAACCCAGAAACAUAUGAGGACAGCUUUUAUAAAAGAAGUCUCGAUAACGAUAACUAUGUUUUCACUGCUCCGUACUUUAACAAAAGUGGACCUGGUGCUUAUGAAUCAGGCAUUAUGGUAAGCAAAGCUGUAGAAAUAUACAUCCAAGGAAAACUUCUUAAACCUGCAGUUGUUGGAAUUAAAAUUGAUGUAAAUUCCUGGAUAGAGAAUUUCACCAAAACAUCAAUCAGGGAUCCGUGUGCUGGUCCAGUUUGUGACUGUAAAAGAAACAGUGAUGUAAUGGAUUGUGUGAUUCUAGAUGACGGUGGGUUUCUUUUGAUGGCAAAUCAUGAUGAUUACACUAACCAGAUUGGAAGAUUUUUUGGAGAGAUUGAUCCAAGCUUGAUGAGACACCUGGUUAAUAUAUCAGUUUAUGCUUAUAAUAAAUCUUAUGAUUAUCAGUCAGUGUGUGAGCCUGGAGCUGCACCGAAACAAGGAGCAGGGCAUCGCUCAGCAUCCGUGCCAUCAAUAGCAGACAUAUUACACAUUGGCUGGUGGGCCACUGCUGCUGCCUGGUCUAUUCUACAGCAGUUUCUCUUGAGUUUGACCUUUCCACGACUUCUUGAGGCAGUUGAGAUGGAAGAUGACGACUUCACAGCCUCUCUGUCAAAGCAGAGCUGCAUUACCGAACAAACCCAGUAUUUCUUCGAUAACGAUAGUAAAUCAUUCAGCGGUGUAUUAGACUGUGGAAACUGUUCCAGAAUCUUCCACGUAGAAAAACUUAUGAACACCAACUUAAUAUUCAUAAUGGUUGAGAGCAAAGGGACUUGUCCCUGUGACACGCGAUUGCUCAUACAAGCAGAGCAGACUUCUGAUGGUCCAGAUCCUUGUGAUAUGGUGAAGCAACCCAGAUACCGAAAAGGACCUGAUGUCUGCUUUGAUAACAAUGCCUUGGAGGAUUAUACCGACUGCGGGGGUGUUUCUGGGUUAAGUCCCUCCCUGUGGUCCAUCAUCGGAAUCCAGUGUGUACUACUUUGGCUUUUAUCUGGCAGCAGACACUACCAGUUAUGACCUUCUAAAACCGAAUCUGCAUAUUAAACUCCAGACCCUGCCAAAACAUGAGCCCUCCAUUGCAUUAAAAGAGGGUCAACUGUGGAAUCAGCAGACCACUAGCUCGGCCCAUCCCAUGGCAUCACUCUAAGACACAGACUCUUAAGGCACCCACUGGCUGCAUGUCAGGGUGUCAGAUCCUUAAGUGUGAACGCUGCAUCAUCUAUAUAUAACAUCAAAGCAAAAUUCUAUACAUGCUCUCUAUUGGAAAAUUUGAGAAUUUGUUGUUGCAUUGUUGGUGGUUACAUGUAAAAGGGCUCCCCACACAGUUGUUUAUGAAUCAUACAAAUUAUCUUGAUUUUGACCUGGAAUUUUGACUUGCUGCAAUCCUUGUCCUUUUACCAAGAAAAUCUCUAGGGGAAAAGAAAGAGUUAUUUUUUCCUUCACUUGUUCUU